CAGCCCUGUUAGCAGCGAUAAGGAAUAUUACCAUCUGUCUGAGCUAUACAUACCGUUACCAUGCAAUCAUAUACGCUUGUGAUUACGGUACUUUUUCUCUUGCUAGCGCAGCUCGCGGUUAAGCUCGUCACCAAGGACACGAUUCAGAAGAAGUUGUGGGCACAAUACGUCCGCUUCUCACCGUCCAGCCAGCUCAAGACCUACCAAGCUAAAGCCGCGGAGAUUGCGCACGUUGUCAAGGAAAAGAAUGCAAUUUCUCCCCAAGACCACUACGCUAGGUGGACCAAGUUGAACCGCCAAUUCGAUAAGUUAACGAAGGAAAAAGCCGAGUUGGAGAGUGAAUUGGCGACACGGCAGGCGCAGUUCGCCAAGUACGUUAGUUAUGCCAUCACUGCAUCUAUUACCGCGCCGUUGUGGUUCUUCAGGUAUCAGUACCGCAAGCAGGUGUUCUUCUACAUUGAGAGAGGCGUGUUUCCAGCCUGGAUCGACUGGUGUCUCGCGUUGCCGUUCAUGGCUACGGGCUGUGUCGGUUUAACCAUCUGGAGUGCUGUUGUGAAAGCUGUUCUCGGGCAGAUCGAGGUGAUGGUGCGGUUCAUGUUGUCUGAGGAGGUACAGAAGCCGGUGAAGGUGGCAAAGGUGGAAGAGGUUAAAUAGAUACGUUUUCUCGGGAUGUAGUGAAUGCCAAAGGAGGCGGAUGAAAGCGUUGGAUAUUGUUUGAGGAGUUA